AUGCCUUCCGAUAACCAGAGCCGUACUGCUAAAGGAGUCUGGUAUCCAAGACUCAACAGUCACGAAGUCACUGCCAGGCAUACUUCAGGAGAAACCCGCGGCAGCAUCACGAGCGGAAUGGGACUACCUCCAAGACCACGGCCACGUCCUCGGAAUGCGAGAUUCCUCUUUUUCUCUAAAGCAGCAAUUCGCGGCAUUACGAGACGAACGACCCCUUGCGAUCAACACACGCAGCCUAUGGAUCUUGCCCAACGAAUCGCCGAUUGGGAGCUUCAAUAUCCACCAGACAUUGACAGGUUCCCAAUAGAUGACAAGCGGCCGUGGAGACCCCCAUCGCCUAUCUGGGCUCCUGCAAGGUUUCCUUGGUGGCCCAGUUGCCAGCCAUCACCUCGUUCGAUUUCGCCUUCACUACCCCCGAGACCACCGUCACCGCCACUAUGGAGAACACUGCCUCAAAAGGUACAUAUGCCGAGAGGACGUUUCUGGAAUCUUAACUUGUACUCUACACCCAGGUCGCCACCUCCGAAAUCGGCUCGGUUGUCAGCUUAUCACUCGCACUUCAUUUACAAGAAGCCGAAAAGGGAGGAACCUCGCCCUAAACCUCCUCAUUGGACAACACAGCUGAGGCGAAAAGCCACCGCCAGGAAACUUGCAGAAGCUGAUAUACGGCGGAAACAGAGAGAGGACGAUGAGGAAUUGCAAAAUCUCAUUCGGGGGCACCUAGAAGAGAAAGAGCCACGGGCGAUAUUCAACGAGGACUUCAGUUUUGGACCGAAGACAUAUGAAGACGAGAACGACUACCUACCGCCUCUCAGCCCUCAUUCUUCCUCUAGCCCACUCCCAGAUCUCUGUUCGCAAAUCGAGCAUAAGACUUCGAGGCAUAUGCGUCAUGAUUCUUCUACUGCGGACAUGGUGGCGAAGUCACAUCGUGAUCAACUACACUCCACAAGCUCGCCAAUUCCGAUUCUACACCCCCAGUCUAAACGAUCAGCAUACACAUCCUUCGAGGAGGGAUUCAAGACGCAAGAAGUAUACCCAGGUCAACUUGUUGACUUUGUUACAUGCAAUCGACUAGAUGCAGGCUACAGAACAAAAGACGAUGUAGGGCACACAGCCUCUGAUCACCGGCUUAGUAGCAUUGUGGACAACUACAAGGACCGCCCACGUCAUGAUCUCAAAGGCUUCGCAAGAGAGCGUAACCCUAUAUCUCUUACUGAACGUCCUAGCUACCACGAUGCACAUCUCAAAGAUCACCACAUGGAACAAUCAGGCUGCAAAAGCGGUCUAGUAGGUGAUUCGCAAAAAGUGCAAAAAGUCCCUGUUGAACAAGUCAGGAAGAAGACAUGCGACCUUCAGCGAAAGCCAAGGACUGCAAGGGACCAUGCACGAGUCUCUAGCGACUCCCUGACUAGGACUGCUUUAGAGGAGUCUUUGACUGCAGCGAAAACAACACACGUCGGUGCCGGAACCAGGACAGCAACGGCGGGAUCUUCGUCAUCCUCAAGAACAGCGCCGACUGAACGUGCUAGAAGAAGGUCACGCGUCCCUAGGUGUAGAAGUACUGAUACAUUCUUGCGCACCAUUCAGGAGAGCGGCGAGGCUAGGAUGCGGACGGAGACAGCAGGAAGUGACACCAAAAGGGGGAACACACUGGGUUCAAGCGGCACGAAAGACACAGAUUGGAUGGGUGAUGAGCCUUUGUGA